CUCACCUCUCCAGAGCUAGACGAUCUUGACGAUUUUGACCAUUUUGGCGGUGAUUAUCCCCUUCCGCCCUUCACUCGUACUGGGUUUGGUCAAUCCUCAUCGCCAGCCAACUCGGAUGUAGAUCUCCAUUCCCAUCAUUCUCGACCUUCCAUAGAGACACCCUACUUUGGCGGCAAAUCUCCUUCCGUUGCUGGUACACCCGCCAGACCCACCUUGCCAAAGCUCUCCGGAAGCUAUAGCGGUGGCGCAGCUCCCGUACCAGACCUCUCGGACCGUGCCAAAUUGGGCAAGUUUAGUAAUGGUUCUACCUCUUCCCUCAUCACCUCUGGCACAAGCAUCAGCUCCACCGCUGGUGUACUCGCUCCUCGUAAGGGCUCCCUCGCAAGUCUUCGAAAUGCUUUCAAAGUGGGUUCGUCUAAUUCUUCCGCCAAUGUCCCUCCAGUCCCUUCCCUAGAUGUCAAGGCGUUCGGUGCCCCAGGCUAUCCUGCCUUACGCAACCCCUUUUCCAAAUACGACACUCCUCAAUCUCCCGCCAACGGUUUUGGUCGACCGAGUACAGGUAGAGGCAAGACCCCAUCGGCGUCCAGUCCCGGUCAGAUAUGGGAUCGGAAACAAUCUACGGCCACCACUGCGACGCACUCUUCUGUCACUUCUCAUGGAGGAAGGUCUGUCACUUCGCAAGGAUCAAACACUUUUAGAAAUGACGACUUUCUCAUGCCUGCUCUGCCACCAAUUCCUUUGAGAGGCGCGCCCAGUCGUGCGGGAAGGCAUGGAAGUGAAAGCGGUAGUCUUUUCGGUUUUGGUAGGCGACAUGGGAGUAUUGGGGAAGAGCUCGAGACGGGUCCCAAGACGCCCGCCGACCAGGCUAUGAGAGCGGUUUUGCGAGACUUCAAGGAGUCGGCCAACGCUAAAAUCUCACGAAUAUGUUCCAGACCAUUGACCACAAACCCAUCGCUAUCCGCCUAUCUCGAUUCUGGAGCGGACACGUCUUUCGAUGCUCUCAUUUCAGCUCUUGCUCAAUGCGGUCGUCGCACUGCUCGACGGGUAGUAGACUCACUUGGCACGUGGUGCAAAGCCCACUGUGAGGGCAUCGGAGCAUCUGAAGUGCGAGCCCAUCUGGACCGGUCUUUGGGUUUGCAGAUGAGAGUUGAAGAUGCCGCUGCCAUCUUGGGAAGUCGAAAGUCUGCUGCCGCCAGAUUCAUUCUCAAUCGGUGUUUGAUUGAGCUCGUCCGGGUCUGUCCUCGUGAGGCGUUAGGGGAAGAGUUAGGGAAUAACCUGGAGUUGAACGCUUUCAAUGCCUAUCGCUCGGAAAGGCUCGAUGAAUCUGCCUCUCCGCAUCGAAAAGCCGUCUCUCAGCUUCAGGUGGAGCUCUUGGGACAGCUGUCUCAGAACAGGUUUCUCACCGUAUCACACCGUUUUGUGACGGAGAUCUCCAGACAUAUCACACAGCAGCCAAGCAAAGACUCCGACGCACGCUUAGAGCACCUCUUGCGUGGCAUGCGACAUCUAAAAAUACGGACGUAUCCCGAGGAAGAGUUGGAGAUGUCGGCCGAGUUGUUGCAGUCUCUCGCCGGCUUCUUUGCCAACGCACAUGGACAAAAUCUGAAGACGACAUACGUUGACACGUUCCUCAGCUUGCUUCAUCCUGUUGUCGAAACAGCUACGGCUGAAGUGAAUCAUCCAAUGUGGAGCAAGGCCAUUUCCGUCAUACUGCAAAGAGCGCAAGGGAUGGCCGCCAAGCCACGAUAUUGGAAUUCUGCUUUCCCACUAGUCAUUGUAGCUCUUGGGCUCAGCCCACGAGAAGCGGUGAUGCAGAGUUGGCAGACCUGCAUGGAUGCGAUAACGGCUAAGCUCCGGGUGAAAUUCACUGGCGAGUUUCUACGAGAUGCGCUUCGACAAAGAGCAAGCGAUUCGGCUGACUCAUCUCAAGUUGACCGCGCCACUGCUCUCGUACGCGCUUCUUUACUCACACUUCGUACUAUGGAGCUCGAGAAACCAGCGAUUUGGCCCCAGAGUAGCGACUUCACCACUUUUAGCGUCGAUGGCUCGGAGACGUCGGGUGAAGCUCUCACAGACGACUUAUUGAAGGACUCCGAGGUGGAAUCGUUUAUGACGAAAUGCGGACCAGUCUUCGGUGAUCUACUUUUACAGACUGAUCGACAAACCGCCCAUUUACUCUUGUCCAAUGAUACUGUCACCUUGUCCGCCCACGCCUCGAGUAGUAUCACCGAAACGACAAGUACUACGAUCACUCGCAAACACGGAGACGUUUACGUGACCUAUUCUUUACGAUCAGAACCUGUACUCCGAUUACUUGCCGCCUUGUUCGAUAGUCUUCCUCGUUGUCUCCCAGAGACUGACUUCGGUCCGGUUGCCAAUGUGUUGUGUCGUGGUAUGUACUCGGCCGAUCCCGACGUUUGUAUCGCCGCUGCCAACGCCAUCCGACGUAUAGGCAAGGAUCCCGCUCGAUGUCUUUUUCUCGCCAACACCUAUCGAGAAUUUGUCUUUGAGACACGACACGUUUUCCGAGACACCUUUAUGGGAUCUCGGCUGCUGGAAUCCCAAUUUGAACGAGUGGUCAAGGUAUACAUCGAUUUGCUGCAAUCGCUCGUUCAUCACCAACGAGUGGCGUCUGCUCAAGAAUCCGAGGAUGGGAGACAAGAGCCACCAGUCGUUCCCGCCUUGAUCGAUAAGAUCGAAGGCUCUGCUCUCUUCCUCUUGUGCUCAACAAGUAUACCUCUUCGUAAACUCGCCAUACAGGUCCUCAACUCCGCCAGAGAUCUGGAGAGCACACAUCGCCGACCGUCAGCCGCUUUCCGAUACAGCCGAAUCAUGCCUGAACGAUCUUCAGUCAACCGGGUGGUGCAAAUCUUCGAAUUCGAAUGUGGUGAAUCGGAACUGCAAGCCAUGCGCAGCUUACCAUGGUGUACAUCCAACGAUCGCCAUCGACUGGACCUCAUGGCUUCCGAUAGAUCGAAAUUGGUUCUCAGGGUGGCUGAGAGUGACAAUCAAAAAGACGCUUCCUUGUGGCUUGCUCUUCUGCCUUACAUCGUCUCUAGACUCGCCGGCGCAGUCCCAGGUCCAAUCAAAGAACUGCGACAUUUGGUCGUUUCAAUCAGCUUGCGCCUUCAAGGACACGUCGCGUCUCUCGGUAGUCUUUCAGCUGGACGCGCGACUGUUGGUCUAAGAAGUCAAAAUUCCAACCAAGGUGUCACCCCCGGUCGGUCGUCAGGAGAUACCUCCGCUCUGGCCGAAAUGUGGAGAUGCUACCUCAGUGUCUUGUGCAUCACGAUGCCGACUCCUCAUUCCGUUCCGUCCAGUCCACCUGUGCAACGUACAAAAGAAGCAAUCAUUCUCACGCCCGACACGAUAGGCUCUCCGGCAUUGUUUCACUACCUCACGUCGUUGUUGGGAUGGGAAGAUCCACGUUUUAGAGAUGCAGCAGUGUAUGCACUCGGCUCCAUCGGGCAGACCUUGCUCCGUCCCUUGUCCGAGAUUCUCCUGGGGGUCGUACGCCGAUUGGGAGAUGGAACAAAAGGCGCUUCAAACGGGAGAGAUACGAGCAGACGUAUAAUAAAUGGACCGGUAUGGACCUCGGUGGCACAUGUCUUUCGACUCAUCUCGCCACUCAUUCAUGAUUCGAAAUCUCCCUCGCACCAUGCCAACUUAUCGUGUAUGAUCGGCUUCGUCAAGAUCACUCAUACCCUCUUGUCCGAUCGAGUGGUCAAAGAGGACUACGAGCUUCAAUCCCUGCGACGGUCCUUUUGCGUAGUAGUGGAGAACCUCGCAAAUGCGCUAGGCAAACUCGAAGGUUCAGAGCGAUUUCUUGGAAUUGACAUGCGUGGGGCAGUCUUCAAACUGUGUUACGACUGGUGUCAUGUGGGCCGCCGACCGGAUGUAGCCAAAGCUCGAGAGUCUCAAACACUUCAGGCUGCCGCAGAGGGGUACAGAGGUGAACGAGACAGGGCGCAGUAUUUGGAUGAUCUGCAAGCGAAGACUAAGCUACUCAGUGCUGCUGCAGCUGAAGCUAUGGCUGGGCUCUGUCAGGGAAAACUCAUCGGCGACAAGGAGUCGAGUCCCGAACAACAAAGCAGUGACGUUGUCGAACCUUUGACCGUAUUACGAUGGAUCAGGGGCAUGUUUACGAGUGUAUCCACGGCACAUCAUGAAACGGGAAGAAAGGCUCUCUUCGCGCUUCUCAAAUGGAAUUGGUCUUGCGACCGAUUACUCGACGAAGUCUUGCACCAAUCUUUUGGCGAAGGUGAACAAUUCUCUCUCGCUUCGUCCUUCUUUGGUGUACUCGGGGACAUCCUCAUGGAUGGGUUGGUACAGCUGCCGGUUCAUCAGAUCGCUUGCUUGGCUCUGUCUAAACUGGGUCAUCCGAACGCGGAUAUCCGUCAAAGGGCCUUUCAGCUCUGCUUCUCUCUUUGUUCCGACCCGCCCUCUCGCCUCACGAUAGCUCGACUUCUCCCUGCCAUGGGUUCGGCCGCCGCCAACGUCUAUCGUGGUGCACAAAAGGAGAUUUCGGCUACACUGUCGACUUUUUACGCAAAUAAUGCUCUUGGCUUCCUCGCGGAAUGUACCACCCGUCUUAGUCAGCUCGAAGCGCCAAGAAGGCAUGCGACUUUAUGUAUCCUAGCGUCUUGGAUGGAAGUGAUCGAGCUUUCACGCGACACGAAAGAUCUCUCCCCCGAACAUGCGACCAACGAGCAUCAAGCGCUCAGUAACCUGAUGUAUCUUGCCGUACGUUUCGCCGAUGAUCAUCUUGAAGAGAUGCGUGAGAUUUUCGUUUCCUUUGCCGGCUCGGGUCAAUCGCAUAACACGACUGCUCUUGUCAAAUAUCUAUUCGAGCAAGGCGGGAAACGACGCUCUCCGGAGUUUGUGGCUUGUUCGCAGAAAGUCAUUGCAUGUCUGGCGCAGAGUGCCGCGAGUGAUGAGAUUUUCGACGAGAUUUGUAGUUUUGUCGAACCGUCAGCUAUGGCAUCGUUGGCGGAGGCAGACGUACCUCCCAGUCCUCUGGCAAGUUUAGCAAACCUCGAUUCAUUCAUCCCUACUCCAUCUUCACGUCCUCAUCCCUUCUCCACCGGUCAACUCGCCUUGCUCUUCGCUGGUGAAUUACUUCCUUAUCGACAAUCUGAACCACGUCUAGGUCGUCAGCUGUGUACGUUGCUGCAUGUGGCAUUGAUACAUUGUGACAACGUAUCUUCGACUGUACGAGAAUCUUGUCAAGCGGUUUUGUUCCAGGUCUUACGCACUUGGGUUGGCGACACUUCCAAUGUUCCCUCUGAAGAUGCUCUUGCGAUCUGGUCCACGGCAGAAGGGAAGGUAACUUCCAUAGCUCGCUCCAAUUCCACAGUGUUUUGGAAAGCAGACGAUGUCGGUACACAAGAACAAGCAUUCAUGGCGCCACCAAAGAUGACCGGUACAAUACUCAAGAUUCUUGGUGUCCUCCUUCCUCUACACCCUCGUGUUCGACAACAAUGGGGCGAGAUGGCAUUGAUGUGGGCGACAAGUUGUCCGAUUCGUCAUCUCGCUUGCAGGUCUUUUCAAAUCUUUCGCGUCCUCACUCCUAAACUAUCCGCGAGAAUGUUAUCCGACACUUUGGCCCGAUUGUCAAGUACGAUAGCUAGUGCCUCGAAAGAAAUCCAGAGUUUCAACCGUGAGGUGUUGAGAACAUUUGCAUCUCUCACACAAUCCCUUAGUAGCAACGAGAUGUCGAAUUACCCACAAAUCUUUUGGUGUGCAACGGCAUGUCUCACCACUCCUUUCGAAGACGAAUUUAUGGAGGUUAUCGAGCUCCUCUCACACGUACUGGAUAAGACGAAUUUAUCGGAUCCUUCUGUCGUCCAACAUCUGCUGUCCUUUCGACCGUCAGAUUGGGUUGGUCCAGAGCCUCAUCUGCAAUCUUUGCUAUUGGUCGGAUUGCGUAGUUCCAAAACGGCGUUCAUGACAUUCGAUCUCAUCCGACGUCUUACUUCCGCCUCGACAGACGAACUCAUAGAUUCACCCACGGAUAGACUUUUACACGGUUUUGUCUCUGCGCUUCCAUGGAUGCUACAUUCUGCGGAUGUCGGUGAGCCCAAUGAGGAAUUGGCGGGUAUGGCAUUAGAUCUCGCCUCUAUCGCCGAUGUUCAAGGUCAUCCAUCUUUCUCUCGUCUCCUAACAUCUUUCGCUCGAGUACGUUUCAGAUCAAAAGAUGAUUUCAUACGACAAGCAUGUUCAUUAUUAAGAGAUUUUCUCCCAACACACGCUCUCGACAUUUUAACACUUCUUCUUGGUUUCGUUUUAAAUGCCAAUGAUUGGAUGAGAGAGAAAAGUAUGCAAGUUCUCAAACUCAUAUUACAAUAUCCCGACGCUCGUGGUAUAUUAUCUACCCAUGGAGACGAACUGCUUCAACCAUUACUACGAUUAGUAUCUACCAAACAUUCGGCUCAAGCUUUAGACGUAUUAGAUAUGCCUACCGCUCCAACUUCUCAUCCUACCGAAACAACUCAACUUGGUCAAGGUGUAUCAGGAGAAAACGGAAUGAUAUUUGGAUCUUUCACCGAAUCAGGUUGGAGUAUCCCACGAUCUAAAGAAUUCUCUCAAUUAACAAGAGAAAACGUAACGGCGGUAUUCAACACUUGUGCGAUCGAAACUCGUGCUGCAUCAGCACAUUUCUCAGUGGUUCAAUUUACCGAUUUACGAUUAGGAAAUAUACUUAAUCCUAGUCAAAUUUCGUUAGACGUACCGAGUCCAUUGAAUGAUGAUAAUGCUAGUAUCGGUGAUUUAGUAGGAGCUCUCAGUAGUUUGAACCAAUUCUUCGACGAU